AUGCAUCUCCCCAGUUUCCUCAUCGCCGCCAUCCUUCUUCGUCUGGGUGCCAUGGCCGACGCAGCCGCCGUGCCCGGCCCCGCCGCUGCCAUCGCACCCGACGCCGUUGUCGUCAAACCACCCCCAUACACCCCUCCACGACCAGACAUGAAAUGGGGUGUAAGGAAACAAUUCUCCACAUCACCCAACACGCAGACGCACAGAAUCAACUGA